UUGUAAUUGCGCACAUAAAUAACCACUGAUCUCAAUUUAGGUGCUGGUGGGCUGACGUCUGACCAUGAAAACACUGUAUUUGUUUGGACACCAAUUUUCACCGGUUGCUAUGAGUUACCAUUCAACACUCUUCAGACUCAUGCAGAACCAUGGAGUUUCAAGUACACGUAGGUCUGGGAACUAGACUAGGCAAUGAAAGAAGCUCCCGGAUGUCCGUGCCCACCUACACUGAUAUUUUGUAGACGGAUCAGGGAUACAAUCAUGCAGUUUAUGAUAUCGCCGCACCGACACGCAUGCGCAUAAGGGAGGGAUGAUGGAGCAUUUGGUUAUUUUCACUUGCACGUUCAGCUCAGAUGUAGGUGUGUAUCCGUGCAUGCUUUCUAAAUUUCGUUUGCCUUCAUGGAUUAUAUAAAGUAAUGCUUAACUAUUUUACCUUAGAUAAUUCUACACUCAUCGGCAAAACCUGGUCCUAAGAAAGGAAAAUGGCAACAUUGCUCUUGGCUUUUGGAGGUUCUUCGGUCUUCAAAUGUGCCACCAACUUAUUGGUAUCGAUUGUGGCGUGCGUAGCAGCAACCGUCGCCUGUGCCUCGUCCUGGCAAUGGCGGGAGGCGACGUACGCGGCCCAAGAGCACCGCGCGUUGGUCGGCCACUCGAUCGGGAGCCACACGGGCGUGACAAGGUCCAAUUGCGCGGUACUGUGUCUGAGGGAAGGCGACAUCCAGUGCCGGUCCUUCAACUACGACAAAACCGGCAGGACCUGUCAGCUCAACGGCGCCAGGGUGGAGGAAUUUCCCGAGAGCCUGGUGGAGGAUGUUGACUUCUCUUACUACGGCGCGCAGCUUGAGGAGGAGUGUGGAAUAAAUGUCUUCUUGAAUUGA